AGAGUAUGUUCAACUCUUCACCGUCAUGCUUCUGUAUAUUUCAGAUUAGAUUGUUUAUAGACAGACAGCAAUGUUGUGACUAAUGAGAUAUCUGUACCUCAGGGUUAUAGGCAACCUUAUAUCAGUCUUGUCAUAUUUAUAUAUACCACAGUCUAGAAGCUGCAAACAUCAGUCAUUCAUUCAUUCAUUCUCUUUACAUCAAUCCAUCAAUAGCCUAUCCUCCUCAACCAGAUCCUCAAUUCUCAUAUCUAUCUCGUACAUUCAUUCAUUUUCAAUAUUCAAACAUCAUCAUGGUUUCCAUACUCCUCAAAACCGUUGCUCUCCUUUCCCUCGUCGGCUUCUCAGUAGCUGACCUCCACAAAUUCGGUAUUUGCGUAGAUGUCAAGGGAGGCGCAGUAUGUUUUCAAUUUCCAUAUCUUCUUCCUCAAACAGCACACCUAUUCCUCUUCUACCUUUCACUCCAUUGCUUACUCUCCUUUCACCAAACACUUCCCAUCAUAUCAAUACUAAUAAACCACUUAGGACGUAUACAACAGCAAAGCUACCCAACAAGCAUGCACUGCCUACAAGAACAGAAACACGGGUAGCAAGCAAUGGGACACUUGUCCAGAUUGCUACAUGGACACAGUCGACAUUCCUCAUUGCCACACCAACGGAUUCCACAUGGGAGGUGACGAAGUAAGUAUCCAAACCUCUUCCACAUACACAAAAGAACUCUUGACAAGAGUAUAAAAACAGAAACUAACAUGAUGAACAGUGGGAAUACUACUGCAAGCAAAAGGGAGCUGGCGCAUCCUUGGCAAACUAAACACACACUUCUGAAAUUGGAGACAAGAUAUGUGUUCGCUGGCUGGAGAAGUGGAGUUUUCAUUCAAUUCAUAUAUCUUAACGCGCUUUUGUGGAGGAAUUUGUGAAUACAUUCAACGGGAGAAGGGAUUUGGAAGAUUUUAUCGCAGGAUGCAUUGGUCGGAUGAUCUAAUUGAUAAUUCAGUAUGGUAGUCGUGGAAGCUUUAAACAUUUUCAAUUAUCUCUGAAUAAAUUCGUGAAG